AUGAAGAAUCUCAUCGGAUGCUCCCUCUUCUUCGCGACGAGUUUCCUCCUCCACCUCCUCGCGAACCGCGGACUCCGCGAUCUGCUUGACGCCGCCGCCGCGACGGAUCCGGUCGGGGAUUCCCUGUGCAGCCGGCGAAGCACGCUGCGCGGUCCUCGCCAGAGGAUCGUCUCCUUCGGUCUCUUCGGGGACUUCGGGAAUCCUCGGGCGAAGGGUCCGUACGAGAAGCUCUUGUUCAAGAUUCCGGCCAGCGUCAAAAUGUGGUAUCCAGGUUGGGCAGUGAGGAUAUACACGAAUUAUUCCACGGCCGACAAGGACAUCACGGCCUGGAUGGACGCCAUCGAAGAUCGAUAUCCCUUCGUGGACUUCUGCCACGUGGCGAGCCUCCCUGGGCUCUCCGGAGACAUCCAGAGGAAUCAGAGCAACGGGAGAGUGUGGAGGUUCCUGCCGAUGAUGGAUCCCCUCGUUGACGUCUUUGUGUCUAGAGAUACGGAUUCCCCGGUCACGGUGCGUGAAGCAUCAGCCGUGAAAGAGUGGCUGGAGAGCAAGUACCUCUUUCACGCCAUGAAGGAUCAUCCGGCGCAUGAAGGACCCGUCUUCGCCGGUCUUUGGGGUGCAAAGGUGUCACAGAACCGAAGUUUUGUUGGAUACUUGGGGAGGAAAAUGAUAUUCGAGAGCGGACGCAGCAACGACAACGGCUUCGACCAGGAGCUCCUCAAGUCGGUCUUGUGGCCAGAAGCGGAACAGGAUUUCGUGAGUCUUCCAUCGAGGUCGCCACCCCACGAGCGCCUCGAAAGCCUCACCGACUCCUCUUGCGCCUUGCAGUUGGUGCACGCCAGCUUCCACUGUGAUAAAUUCGUCGGGGGAGAGACGAGAGCCUUCCCGACGCGUCGGAGGCACGGCUUCUGGCUCGGCUCGGGCACCCGACAUCCCCCGAUCUCGACGACGUGCCCGCUUGAGUGCAGACCGAAGGAACAUCCCGACUGGACGACAUGCUGA